ACUAUCGGUGAGGUUAGCGCGGAUCUCGGUAGGUUUGUUGUGACUCAGCGAACUCUCUGGAACGUUAUGUUCCAACAAAAAUCCCACUUCCGGUUGAGGUGGAUGACGAAAGCGGAAACUAUUCUCCACCGGCAACACAAUGCCUCUGUCCACUCAGUCUCAGAGAGAAGAUGAACAAUACGUUUUGAUAGCCAAUUUGGAUAAUGCUCGAAAUCUCUCGAACAUACUGAAAGCUAUCACCUGCAAGGACCAUGCCAUCUUCACAGCAACCGCAAACGGUCUAAAGGUCACAGUGGAGGACUGCAAAUGCAUGCAAGCCAAUGCCUUCAUUCAGGCAGACAUCUUUCAAGAGUUUACGUUAAAAGAAGAUUCGGUCGUUUUUCAAAUCAACCUUACUGUUCUACUCGACUGCCUGAAUAUCUUUGGAGGAAGCUCAGUAGGAGCUUUGCGGAUGUGCUACAGGGGCUACGGUCAUCCUCUGACGUUGUUCCUGGAGGAGGGUGGCGUAGUGACUGUCUGCAAAAUUAAUACACAUGAACCAGAAGAACCAAUUGACUUUGAGUUCUCCAGCUCUAAUGUUACAAACAAGGUCAUUCUACAGUCAGAGAGUCUUAAGGAAGCCUUCUCUGAACUGGACAUGACCAGCGAGGUGCUGCAGAUCACCAUGUCUCCCAACCAGCCGUACUUCAGAUUGUCGACAUUUGGAAACUCUGGAAACGCCCAUUAUGACUACUCCAAGGAUUCGGAUAUGAUGGAGCUGUUUCAGUGCAACAAGACACAAACCAACAGAUACAAGAUGUCCUUAUUGAAACCAUCCACCAAAGCCUUGGCAAUAUCCUGUAAAGUCUCAGUGAGGACAGACAGCAGGGGGGUCCUCUCUCUGCAGUACCUGGUCAGGAACGACGAUGGACAGAUCUGCUUUGUGGAAUAUUUCUGUUGUCCUGAUGAGGAGGUAGAGGAGGAAUAACAGCUGAUUCGUUGUUACCUCAUUUGAUCGCACUAUUAUGAAGGUCAAAUCAGCCAAAAAAGGUUGAACAGGCAAUAAAAAAGGUGUUGGGCAUAAUUUCUUAAUUCCAACCUUGCCAUGAAUGAUCGUCCCACUUGUUGGGAAGCUGUAGUUUGGAAAAGCAUGAGAUUUAUGAACAAUGUGAAAGGAUUUCUCAGUUAAACUUGCGGACUCAUCUCUCCACACUGCUUCCAACCUUAUUUGUGACAUCUGUCUCUCUAUUGUUUUCAUCAAAAAGGUUUAUUUGAGAAGUUUCUUAUUCUGUUUUUUAGCAGUGAAACAAGUUAACUGUAGUUUUGAAACAGGUCAUAUUUCCAGAAUAGAAAGCCUGAAUGCAUGCACCUUUAAUAAGUUAACAUUUCCUGCAGUCUAAUGCUGUAUGAAUACUGUGUACAGUAGACACUGCAGUAACACAGUUGCAGUAUAUUUUGCAGCCCUAUUAUUAAUCCAAAGGAAAAUGAGGGAACUGCAGGAUUAGCCCUUCAGCAUCAAAGCACAAAAUGCCCAUAACUUUUAUUUUGUUUUACUUCAAAAAAGCACAUCCAAGUACAUGCUAAAAUAUGGACUGGAAAUGGUAGGAGUUCAUAGUUUUGAUGCAUUCAAAGGGGAAAAUAAAAUCAGAUUUUGCUUUUUGAAUCAAUCAAGGAAAAAUUGGCAGAUUCCAAACUCCGACCCAUUGAUUGGUGCAUCUCUGACGAUUCUCUGUAUGAAAAAGAUGUACUCUUGUUUGGUGUGCGUAUCUACACUGCAAAGGGAUUUUUUGUAACACACAAAACUGCUUAUAUAUAUUUCUUUUUACAGUAUUUAUUUUUAUUACAAAGGAUUGUAAAUAUUGUGUUUUGUGAAAUAAAGAUUAGUAUGUAUUCAA